AUGGCGGCACAGGCGCGCGCGCUCGAGGACGAAGUGCAGCGGCUGGGCGAGCAAGAGCCGACCAAGCACACGGCGCUGGUGAAGCAGCGACUGUUUAGCCGCGUGGGCCAGUUCCUCAUGGGCAGUCUGAACAUGCAGCACUGGUGGUGCGAUCACGCGUCGCUGAUGGUGUUUAUGAUGCGCGUGCUGGAGCUCUAUCCGGCGUCCGAGAGCGUCUGUGCGUUCUACAAGCGCAUGGAGCAGCAGCUCCGUCAGUGUCGACAAUGCGUCGAUACGUACCACGCGGCGUUGCCCAGCGUCCGUGUGGAGCUGGAGUUCGAGUUCACAUCUGAAUCGAUUACGUCUUACUUUGUCAAGCUGCAAGAACUGGACGCUGAUCGAGUGCAGCGGCAGCUGGCAGAUACGUCCAUGGGGCUGACCAGUGCUGUGCCAGGGAAGCUGAAAGUUAUGGCACACACGCUGUACGAAGUACUUCAUCAACGGCGUCUGCUAUCGGACUUCCGUAUCGUCCGCGUGCUGUCGAGGUGGGUUUCUUCUCCAUUCGCAGACGUAAAAGCAAAUUCGUAUCUGGAAGGCUUGCGCGGUUGUGCUGGGCUGUAUCAGCUGCUGGUGUCGCCGGAUUCUGCAGUUCGAGAGUGGGCCAAGAACAUGGUGCAGCACUUCGGCAAGAUCCAGCUACGUGUCGAUUGCGGCGAAGAUCAGCAUUUACUUGACGUGCUGGAUGAGUGGAUGUACAUACUGGAAAAUGAAGAAUUCAACAAAUCCAUGCUGUCACUCGACUAUAAAUCGACAGAGGAGCUUCAAGACUUCUUGGAACCAACAAAUUGCGUCAAGACUCCGACCAAGUCAAUGUUGUGGUCUGCACUUGAUGACGUUAUACAGCAAAUGGACGUCGACAGCUUGGAAGCGAUGUUGGUUUCGUUCGAUACGAUCCCGGAUGUAGUCUUCAAUUAUUUACAGGAAGCAGACCCUGCAGGAGACCAGACACUUACAUUAGUGGUUUCCAAGUGUUUUGCAGUGCUUUUGCGCUGUCUUGGGCACCGUUUCUGGAAUCACAGCGCCAAUUCGCCCAAAGUUGUGCUGGAUGUGAUUAUGCAGCAUUGUCGUCUCAGCUCGUGGCGCGUGUAUGUCACGAAGCAGUUUAUCGAGCUUUUACCGCCGCUUCUCGUGACUAUCCGACCGCCUCAAGUCAUUUGCCAGCCGUCCAACGAAGGAAAACGAGACAAACUUGACUUUUAUUUGGGCACACGCAAGAACAUGAUGCAAUUCUUGAUCGCCGAGGAUUUCCGCCCGAAGCAUUAUGAUGCGGUUGCCAUUGUGGCAGCGUCGAGGGCAGCUUUUACAAUUUUGCACGACUGCUACGAACAUCGUAUCCCCGGUUCUGUCGAUCACGGUCGAGGAAGUGGACGAGAUGAAGGCGCGCUAUCAGAAUCCAUUUCUGUCGACUACUUGGUCUCUGAGAGCGCUUUCUGGUGGCCGUGCAGCGUGGAAGCUGGUGAUGUCACAAACAAUGCACUGGGGAAGCUAUGGAUGAAUCAUUUGUUUGACAUCGUCAUUAUACCUAACAAUGUCGAGUCGUUGGUUGACUUGGCGGCGGAGACUACCGCUCUCGUGCUAAGCAAGCAUUUGCAGCUGGCUCGUGAUGCUGUAUAUUCGGAGAUUUCUGCGAGCGAUGUGGGAUAUUCGGGAUCGAGUGCAGCCGUAACGAAGAGAAAGCCGAUCAUCACUGGUUUGUUGGAAAAGCUGUGCUCGUGGGGGACGAUCACAACGAUACCGCUCCAGGUCCACGGAGCACUUUUCGAGUCGAUCGGAGGAAUCUCCGAGCUGCUGAAUAGUGUCGUUGCUCAAGCUAACAUCAGUGACCAGCUCAGACAUCUUACGACGACUUUGCAGAAAUACGAGAAGCACGUCCAACAGUAUCUCCAGCGCAUGUGUAGUGAGGUGCUUUGCAAAGGCUUGACGAACCCAUUCGGGUUUCCCGUUGUGGCGCAACACAUCAGCGCAUGUUAUUUAAGUCCGACAAACAGCGUCGAUCAGAUGGUGAACAGGUUGAUUUGCCAAUAUGCCGUUGACAAAAUGCGUCUAGCGCAAGCUCCCUCCCCUUUAGAAGCUGUUAUCUUUUCUGUUCGUCGAAAUGCUGAAGCCUUCUUACGCGGUCAGCUUUCCAUGCUCCGAUCGAUGCGACUCUAUGGUUUUUCGCAAGCAGUCUGUUUGCCCGCUGCAAAGAAGCUUAUGUUUGUGUGGUCCCGCAUAUAUGAUUUGCUGAGCGUUGACCUGGAGAACGUGUUCAAUAAAGUGGCGGACGCGAAAGCUAAGACAACGUCCUCGCACCAUGUCACGGACACUGGUAUCGCAGCAGCACACCUGCUGAAACUUCCGAAUUUGAUUAACGAUUUUUUGAUCGCUUUGCUAGCGAGUUUGUUCGGCCCUAAAGCUAAACAUGCGAUAGAGAUCACCGAAACUACUCGCGUGCAAUGCCUUGACUUUGGACUUAAAUUCUGGAAGUUCUGGACAUCAGUGUCGAAAGACUCAGUUGUGUCUAGCAAACGUGUGGUGGGGCUGAUAACUCCAUUGGUUGAGUGUAUAGCUAGGGGGUCAGCUUCCGAGAAUAAGCGAGCCGCUGAGUUGUUGAUGACGGUGUUGGGUUGCCUUUUGGAAGGAAAUACUCGUUUGGACGAAGUUACACUGAAUAUGAUCGACAGCAUAAAGGGAGAGGCAGCGUCGGUUGAAUCCAGACAGUCCACGGACUUUGGUCGUAUGACGAAAAAGUUCCGGCAACUGAGCCAAAACUCACAGUUUUUCACGAAGCGUUCGACAGGAUCUGGUGGUGCAAAAAAACUAACGGACAUGACCUCUCGAUCGAAGUCUGCGAUACCACCGAGGACCAAAUCUUCUGCAGGAACGCUCAACUAUGCACUCACGUCAAUGAGUGUGAAGUCGGCUGGAAAAGCUCAGGAUCGCAAGUUAAUUGACCUCUCUGGGGCUGAUGAAGUAUCGAACCAAGCGGCAGCUCGGAAACAGCAUAGUUUCUACUCUGAAGAAGAGUACCACACAGCUUCAAAAAAGGCAUCAUCUCUUGUAGUAGUUGCACCAAGUUCAAAGUCUCCGUUUGACAUGGCCCAAGUCAUAAAAGGCGUCUCGCACUCGCACCCAAGCUCCUCUACCAAGACAAUUCCAUCCGAACGACCAACAAAACAGGUCGACAGAGAUGUCAUUGAACACAUGGACGAGGAGAAAAAAGAAGAGGAUGUUGGUCUACGUUUUGCUGCACUAUUUCAUCGAAUCAAAGCUACGCGAAAGCCAAUAGCAACCUGCUCGCUGCUACCAUUUUACCGGCAGUUGCUUCAAGUUUGCAUGCCUGUUCUUCUAUCGGGUGAGUUCCAAGAUGGACGAUCUGAUAAAGAGCUACAAGCACCUGGGUUAAGUUUCACGAAAAACGCCGACUAUGUUCGAGCUUUUCUACCACUGAUGCUGGAAGAAUGCAACAACGAAGUGCAAGAAGGCCUCCGGAAAUAUUGCCGUGGGAAUCGGGGUCAUCUGCUGCGCUAUGAAUCCGAAAAGCCACGAGAAGGUAUGCGCUGCAUCAGCUUCAGCAUUGUCCAGAAGGAUGAAGCGCUUCUCACUGGUUUUCAGGCAAAGUUUGGCGGCAAAAGACGUCCGAGAAGUGGCUUCGAUGAGAAGUUAUUUCGCAACGGUGACGUGGUGCUCUUGCAAAUUUCCGCGGAAAGCCAAAACCAAGGUAGCUUGAUGGGAAAACGGGAGUUUUUAGGUGUCAUUUUGAUCAGUGAGACGGAAAAAGGGCGGAGACAAACAUCGUCGACAAAAAAGAAUAGCAAGGACAGAGAUGAGGAAUGUGUAACCGUGCUUUUCCUCAACGACGGCGAGUUGGACAACGCUACCGCAAGUGUACGUUCGUUCGCGACGGAAGUACUGGCGGCGAGUGCGAUUACCGACACAGAAUGGAAGGUGAGUCCACUCUGCAAUUUGGUGACAUCUGCGCGCGAGUACAUCGCGCUUCGAUCCGUAGACAUGCUUCCCGAGCAUUUAAGGACGGCUAUACUGACCCCAGAAGCUUACAAGUCCACUCAGUCGGAGCUCAUUACCAUCACGUCCGCACUGACUGAUUUACGAUCAAAGCACUCACGUGACAGCCGGUCGGAUAUCGUAAAGCUUUUGAAGCGCUUGGACAAGAUUGACGUGAUGCUGACGGAUCUAAGGUCUACCAGUAUAGGUAAAGCUGUGAACAGGCUGCGCAAGCACGAGGAUGCGGAAGUCAAGGCUCUUUCUGACAAGCUGAAAGAAAAGUGGACGAGUCUCUUGGAUGACAAUGCCGCGAUGGAGCGUGCGCCUCGCUUUCUAUCGCCCGCUCUGUGGGAGGCAAUUAAGCUGCAGUACAACUCAUCCCAGUUGCAGUCUAUUCACACGGUGCUAAACAACUACAGCAUGGGUGUAUCUCUGCUUCAGGGGCCUCCAGGAACAGGUAAGACAAAAACAAUAAUGGGUCUUCUGGGUGGAUUGCUAUCGUUGCGGCUACCGGCUACUGCAGUCAUGCCAACGAUAAGUUCGAGAAGCAGUACAGGCGACGACAGCAAGGGAGAGUUCAGCAAUUUUGAGGCUGCACGAUCUCGCGGUGUGAGUGCUGCACCGUCCAGUGGACCCACAUCGACUCGACCUACAGCGACGCCAUUCUCCUUGAGUGGGAUUACAUCUGCUCUAGGAAGUGUCCUACGUCGUUCCUCCGACUCCUCGGCACCUGGCCCUAGUCGAACAACCAUUCAGUCGCUAAAAAAUGGUGGCGCAUCGCGCAGUCGGUUAGAAACCAAGCUGUCAUCUCGUACGACCCAUCAGCCGCCACAGUCAAACUUGGUGGUAAAGCGCCGGGUCAUAUCAAGAGCGAUGUCGGAGCAUUUGACGGGUCGAACAAACAACAUCCUGGUUUGUGCGCCAUCCAACGGAGCCGUAAACGAGCUGGUGCUGCGCAUCGUUACCGACGGGCUAAUGGAUAGCUCUGGCAAUGUCACGAAAGUCCGAGCACCAAGUGUACACCAUGACGCAUUGUCAGAUGAACGGAUUUCUAUCAUUCGCCUCGGAAAUGCAGGCGAAGAUGCAUCCGAAAUUGUCGGUUCUGUAUGCUUGCCACAUAUCAUCCGGCGCGAAAUGGCCAUUCAUCCAAAAGCAAUGGAAUUGAACUUGCUCCAAGAAACACAGCGACAAUUGCGAAGUUCGAUUCGCGAUUUCCACAACAAAACAGACGAUCCCGAUGGACCCAAGAAAGACCGAAAAGCGCUUGCCAUGAUGCACAAACAACUGACGGGAUGCUCAGGUAAGAUCAGGCGCUUGCGGGAUGAAGUGACUGCCAUUCGGGCGAAAAUGACGGAAAGCCUUUUGUCCAAGGCGAGCAUUAUUGCUUGUACGCUGUCGAAGGCAGGUAGUGGUGAUUUCUUGGGACUGAAGCAUGGCUUUGACGCCCUCAUCAUUGAUGAAGCGGCCCAGGCAGUCGAGCUAAGCACACUUGUGCCGAUUCGAGAGCGCGUAGCUCGGGUUGUGCUAGUAGGCGAUCCGAAACAGCUUCCUGCGACAGUGAAGAGCGUUGUCGCGGCGAAGGCACGGUACGACCGGUCGCUGUUCGAAAGGAUUGCAGAGAGCGGGGUCGCGCCAUCGAUGCUUCGUGUGCAAUAUCGCAUGCACCCGUUUUUACGGGAAUUUCCGUCCGAGAGGUUUUACGGAGGAAUGUUGACAGAUGGGCCUAGCGUUAUGAAGCGAGUUCAGAAGGUCUGCUCUGGCGUAUAUGCGCACACGAGCUUUCAGCCUUUCUUGUUGUACGAUGUUGAGAAUUCGCGGGAGGAAGACAUGAACGGGUCAAAGUACAACCGCGUUGAAGCUGCAUUUUGUGUCAGUCUGUGCCGCAACAUGUUCAGCAUCUGCGCGGAGACACGCAUCAACAAGUGGAGCGUUGGGUUCGUGUCACCGUACAAGGAACAAGUGCGUGUCCUCAGGCAAGAAAUAACGCGCUCAGGGAUCCCAGCAAGUGUGUCCGUCGAGGUAAAUACGGUGGACGGGUUUCAGGGUCGGGAGAAAGACGUGAUUGUGUUUUCAUGCGUGCGCUCAUCUCGGCGCGGGGGUAUCGGUUUCUUGCGCGACGUCCGCCGACUAAACGUGGCAAUCACGCGAGCACGCUACUGCCUGUACGUUAUUGGAAACGUGAGCACGCUGAUGCGCGAUGAAACGUGGGCUGCAUUGAUCAAGAGCGCUCGAGACCGCAAGCUUGUUAUUCGCACGGAGGGAGAGGAUUUUUCUGCUGUAGUGAAAAGGCUUGCGACGGACAAAUACCGUGAGCUGGCUGAACACUACAAGUCCAUGCACGUCAAAGUGGCUCCGAAGUCGGUAGCCACCGUGAAACCUGUGAAGACCAUUGAGAACAAACCUGCCGAGAUCACAAAGUCAAAGCUUUGCUUGGAAGAGGAAGGGAAAACCGUGGAUGCAAGUAACACCGAUGUGGGCAAGGACGAAGUGCCUAGUAGGUCCACGGACAUUGGCGAAGAGGCUAAGGGCUGCAAGCCAUCCGAAAGUGAUAGACCGUCUUUGACCUCUGCUAGACGAGAACCACGACCGCAGCCUCCAUGCGAUCAAAACAAAAGUCAGCGUGCGGUUCGACAACCUGUCGACAGCCAGAAAAGGUCUGCCGAGGAGACGUUCGAUGUGGCAAGUGCAAAGAAGGCCCGUUCGUCCGUAGAAGCAGUGUCUUCUGCGGCGGACGUGUCUGACCGAUACGAAAUUCGACGCUUUUGUGAUCGGGGUAACUCGUCGCUGACGAAUGCACGUCAGGGUCGUGAGCAUCGCUUUGAUGAGACAGCUGCCGACCAGACCAGAAAUGGAUGCGCCGACCUUCGGAGAAAGGAAGUCGGGCGUGAAGAGCCCAGCAGGUUGUGCGACUCCCGAGGUUCAUUUGAUGUCAAGCGAGACAAGAGAAGAGAAGACGUGGUCCGGCCGAGCGACCGGUACCGUCGGGAAAACAGUCGCGACGAUGACAGUCGGAAUGAGCGCGCUUUGGUGGGAUCGAGCCAUACGUCUCGACCGCCAGUGGCUGCACGAGGAAGCAAACUACCGCGUUCAAUCUCUGAGAAGGAGUUUUGCCAAGUGAAUGAGCCCCCUCCUCUCUCAAAGGCGAAUCGCUUGCACUCAGCGAGCCCGAAGGCGAGAGAUAGACGGCCGCAUCACGAGUCUUCUUACCCUGCGACGCACCCCAAGCAUCGCAGUCAUGUCCAAUCAUCCCGUGGACAUGACCGUUCUGCAUCGUCAGGCAAGAGCGACUACCGGAACAAGUCGAGCAGCCACAAAACCCACAGCAGCAUUGCACGGACUCCUUCCAGUCGAAGUACAAACGUGCUGGGCAGUAUUCUCGGCAGCGCUUCAAAGCUGGCGAACGCCACUUCGCGCGUGAAAGAGAAGACUAAUUCGCGCUACUCUGAGGCCCCGUAG